ACAGGCCAGUACGCAGUAGAUAGUUGUGACAGGAGGCAUGGCGGCACCGCUAACUGACCAGGAAAAGCGCAAACAGAUCAGCAUCAGAGGGAUUGUCGGAGUAGAAAAUGUCGCCGAGCUGAAAAAGGGUUUCAACCGACAUUUGCACUUCACUUUAGUGAAAGACAGAAAUGUUGCUACAGCGAGGGACUAUUACUUUGCUCUCGCACACACAGUUCGAGAUCACCUGGUUGGCCGCUGGAUCAGGACGCAGCAGUUCUACUAUGAGACUGACCCGAAGAGAGUGUAUUACCUGUCUCUGGAGUUCUAUAUGGGCCGAACUUUGCAGAACACCAUGAUAAACUUGGGCUUGCAGAAUGCCUGUGAUGAAGCCAUCUAUCAGCUGGGUUUGGAUAUGGAAGAUCUGGAGGAUAUGGAAGAAGAUGCUGGUCUUGGAAAUGGUGGCUUGGGCAGACUUGCAGCAUGCUUCCUGGACUCCAUGGCAACGCUGGGCUUGGCAGCAUAUGGGUAUGGCAUUCGAUAUGAAUAUGGCAUUUUUAACCAGAAGAUCAAAGAUGGAUGGCAGGUGGAGGAAGCAGAUGAUUGGCUGAGAUAUGGUAACCCUUGGGAAAAAGCCCGCCCUGAGUACAUGCUGCCAGUGCAUUUCUAUGGCCGUGUGGAGGAGACUAAGGAAGGCUCUAAGUGGGUGGACACACAGGUGGUGCUGGCCAUGCCUUAUGACACGCCCAUCCCUGGUUACAUGAACAACACUGUGAAUACAAUGAGGCUGUGGUCAGCGCGCGCACCCAACGACUUCAACCUGCGAGACUUUAACGUUGGCGAUUACAUCCAGGCUGUGCUGGACCGGAACUUGGCUGAAAACAUCUCCCGAGUUCUCUACCCAAAUGAUAAUUUUUUUGAGGGGAAGGAGCUGCGACUGAAGCAGGAGUAUUUUGUGGUGGCUGCCACACUCCAAGACGUUAUUCGUCGAUUUAAGACCUCCAAGAGAAAUUCCACUGGCCCCUUGUCCUUUGACACCUUCCCGGACAAGAACGCCAUCCAGCUGAAUGACACUCAUCCUGCCAUGGCUAUUCCUGAGCUCAUGAGGAUCUUUGUUGACAUUGAGAAACUUGACUGGGACACGGCUUGGGACAUUACUAAGCGCACAUUUGCCUACACCAAUCACACUGUGCUUCCUGAGGCUCUGGAGCGCUGGCCAGUAGAACUGAUGGAGAGUCUGUUACCCAGACAUCUGCAAAUCAUCUACAAGAUCAACCAGAUGCACCUGGAUCACAUAGCUUCCCUCUUCCCUAAGGAUGUGGAUCGUAUCCGUAGGAUGUCACUGAUUGAAGAGGAUGGGGGUAAGAGAGUGAACAUGGCUCACCUCUGCAUUGUUGGCUCCCACGCAGUGAACGGAGUAGCCCAGAUCCAUUCCAACAUCAUUAAAAAAGAAAUAUUCCGUGACUUUGCUGAACUGGAGACUGAUAAAUUCCAGAACAAAACCAAUGGCAUCACUCCAAGACGCUGGCUACUGCUCUGCAACCCUGGCUUGGCAGAUCUGAUUGCAGAGGCCAUUGGAGAAGACUAUGUGAAAGACCUGAGUCAGCUGGAGAAGCUGAAAGAUCUGGUUGAAGUUGAGGGUUUCAUCAGAGACGUCUCGAAAGUGAAACAGGACAACAAGCUCAAGUUUGCACAGUACCUGGAGACAGAGUACAAAGUGAAGAUCAACCCGUCGUCCAUGUUCGACGUGCACGUGAAGAGGAUCCAUGAGUACAAGCGCCAGCUCCUGAACUGCCUCCACAUCAUCACCAUGUACAACCGUAUAAAGAAGAACCCAGCUGCUCCAUUUGUACCUCGCACUGUGAUCAUUGGAGGAAAGGCAGCUCCUGGCUACCACAUGGCUAAGAUGAUCAUCAAGCUGAUCACCUCUGUCGCUGAGGUCGUCAAUAACGACCCCAUAGUUGGUGACAAACUGAAAGUCAUCUUUCUGGAGAACUACAGGGUCUCUCUGGCGGAGAAAGUGAUUCCUGCCACAGACCUGUCCGAGCAGAUCUCCACCGCAGGCACUGAGGCCUCUGGCACAGGCAACAUGAAGUUCAUGCUGAAUGGGGCUCUGACCAUCGGCACCCUGGACGGCGCCAACGUGGAGAUGGCAGAGGAGGCUGGCCAGGAAAAUCUGUUCAUCUUCGGCAUGACCGUGGAAGAUGUGGCCAAAAUGGACAGUGAAGGCUAUGAUGCCAUGAAAUACUAUAAGAAGCUCCCUGAGCUGAAACAAGUGGCCGAUCAGAUCAAGUCUGGCUUCUUCUCUCCGAAACAACCAGAACUCUUCAAUGACAUCACCAACAUGCUCUUUAACCAUGACCGCUUCAAAGUGUUUGCAGACUACGAGUCCUAUGUCAAGUGCCAAGAGAGAGUCAGUGCUCUUUAUGAGGACCAAAAGGAGUGGACCAAGAUGGUGAUAAAGAACAUCGCCGCAUCCGGAAAAUUCUCCAGUGACCGCACCAUCGCAGAAUACGCCACUGAGAUUUGGGGUGUGGAGCCCACUGACCUCAAGAUCCCUCCCCCCAGCGAGCCACGGGAGGCCAUCGAGGAGACCGCCAGGGCGCUGAAGAAGAUGUGAAAACCCCCCUCAGGGGUUACCAUGAUAACGCUGUUACAUGCCAUGUCGUUGUCAUGGGCUUCUGGCUAAUAGUUUUCUCUUAAGUGCCUUUAACAUUA